UCUCCGAAGUACCAAAACCAUGGCGGCAGAUUCCGAAACGACCGUGCCGCCAAACUUCUGGGGAGACAUGCCCGAAGACGAGUACUACGCAUCGCAGGGUGUGCGCAACACCAAAUCAUACUUUAACACACCCAACGGCAUGCUCUUCACCCAAUCCUUUUUGCCCUUAGAUCUUCCCAUCAAGGCCACCGUCUUCAUGACCCACGGCUAUGGCUCCGACACCGGUUGGCUUUUUCAGAAGAUCUGCAUCAAUUUUGCCACUUGGGGCUACGCGGUCUUUGCUGCCGAUCUCUUCGGCCACGGCCGUUCGGAAGGCCUCCGCUGCUACCUUGGUGACAUGGAGAAGAUCGCCGCCACCUCCCUCUCCUUCUUUCUCUCCGUCCGCCAAAACGACGACUACCACCACCUCCCCGCCUUCCUCUUCGGCGAGUCCAUGGGCGGUGCUGCCACCAUGCUUAUGUACUUUCAGUCUCCACCAGACACGUGGACGGGCCUGAUAUUCUCAGCCCCGCUCUUCGUGAUGCCGGAACCCAUGAAGCCCUCUAAGUUGCGAUUGUUCUUUUACGGACUCCUCUUCGGAAUUGCUGACACGUGGGAUUCUAUGCCGGACAAUAAAAUGGUAGGUAAAGCCAUCAAAGAUCCGGAGAAGCUCAAGAUCAUUGCCUCCAAUCCACGAAGGUACACAGGGAAGCCAAGGGUGGGAACCAUGAGAGAACUGGCCAGGGUGUGCGAAUACAUACAGAAUAAUUUCUCCAAGGUGAGGGUACCGUUUUUGACAGUGCAUGGCACCGCCGAUGGGGUUACGGCACCGGAAUCAUCGUCGAUGUUGUACGAGAAGGCGUCGAGUGAGGACAAGGCGGUGAAGUUGUACAAUGGGAUGUAUCAUUCCUUGAUACAAGGGGAGCCUGAGGAGAAUAGUCAACGUGUGUUGGGUGAUAUGAAGGAGUGGAUCGAUGAGAGAGUGAGGAGGUACGCCUCCAGUUACUCUAUCUCCAAGUCUUCUUAGCUUUUCUGAGGUCUGAGCUG